CGUGUGAGGCUGGCCGGGCGGUCCGGGACGCGCGGGGCGGUGACGGCGCUAGAGGAGCCCCCAGCCCUCGCGCCCGCGCCGGCGCGGAGCUGCUUCGGCCGCGCCCCUUCCCCGCUGUCUCAGCUCAGACCCGGCAGAUGUGAGUCGCCCGGCUGAUGGGAGCGACGUAGCCGCCGCCCGGGCUGACCCCGACUCCUGCCCCGGCAACGGCCCCGCCCGGGUGCGAGCCGGCUUCGCUGUCCGCUGGGCGCGGCCAGAGCGGGCCAUGGCCGACCGUGAGUGCCCAUUGGAGGCGGUGCCGCUGCCAGCCGAGGUGCGGGAGAGCCUGGCCGAGCUGGAGCUGGAGCUGUCGGAAGGCACCCUGCGCUCUGCGCUUUGACUGGAUGGUUUGGCCUCCGCCUCGUGAAUCUUGCUGGGAAAGACCAUUUGUGUCCACUCAGUGAGCGGUGAAUGUCAGAGCCCAAAGCAGCAGGUCAGGGCUUCACGAAGCGGGCUGACCCCAGCAGCUGCUGCCGGCAUGAGGUUGAUAUGUUUGGCUCAGGUUGGGGUAGUGAAUUCUUGAAACAACCAUCUAAUAAAUAUGCACUGGCUUGUGCUAACUCAUUUAAUCCUCACCAACCUUAGGGAGGUGACAUCACUCAAAAAGGAUAUGAAAAGAAAAGGGCAAAGCUUCUUGCACGUUAUAUACCACUUAUUCAAGGAGUAGAUCCAUCUCUACAAGCUGAGAAUAGGAUCCCUGGGCCCUCACAAACCACGACCACAGUGCCCAAACAGCAGAAGCCUCGGCCCACCAACUCACGGGAUGAGCGCUUCCGGUCAGAUGUUCACACUGAAGCCGUGCAAGCAGCUUUGGCCAAGUACAAAGAGAGGAAGAUGCCUAUGCCUUCGAAAAGACGUUCUGUUCUUGUGCAUUCGUCUGUGGAAACCUACACCCCUCCAGACACGUCGUCUGCCUCAGAAGAUGAGGGCUCUUUACGGCGACCCGGGCGACUUGCCUCCACUUCGCUCCAGAGCCAUUCCAACGUCGAGCCCUGGCUCGACCGGGUCAUUCAGGGCUCGUCCACCUCAUCCUCUGCAUCCUCCACCUCAUCUCACCCGGGAGGGAGACCCGCCGCCACGCUCGCAGGCUCUGCGGCCCACGCCCACAUAGAUCUGCACUCUGCCCCUCCUGAUGUCACCACCGGCCUUGUGGAGCAUUCACACUGUGAGCGUCCACAGCUGGCUUCCGUGAGAGGUGUCCCUCGGGGGUACAGCGGGAGCAUCCUGGAAACAGCGGGUGGUGUCCCUGUGAACAGCAGAGUGUCCUCCAAAAUCCAGCAGCUUCUAAACACCCUGAAGAGGCCAAAGCGCCCUCCACUGAAGGAGUUCUUCGUGGAUGAUUUUGAGGAGUUGUUGGAAGUUCAGCAACCAGAUCCAAAUCAACCAAAGCCUGAGGGAAGCCAGAUGGUAGUGCUGAAAGGGGAACCUCUGGCCCUGGGGACUCCCUGGCCGCCGUCGCUGCUAGCCGCCUUGCAGCAGUGGGGUACAACGCAGCCCAAAGCCCCCUGUCUGACUGCCUUGGACACAACUGGGAAGGCCGUCUACACCCUCACCUAUGGCAAACUUUGGAGUCGGAGUUUAAAACUAGCUUAUACUCUACUUAAUAAACUGACUAGUAAGAAUGAACCACUACUUAAACCUGGAGACAGAGUGGCGCUGGUGUUUCCCAAUAGUGACCCUGUGAUGUUCAUGGUUGCGUUUUAUGGGUGUCUCCUGGCAGAGCUGGUUCCUGUCCCCAUAGAAGUGCCACUAACCAGAAAGGAUGCUGGCAGCCAGCAGGUUGGGUUUCUGCUGGGCAGCUGUGGGGUCACCCUGGCCCUGACGACGGAUGCUUGUCAGAAAGGCCUGCCCAAAGCACAGACUGGAGAGGUGGCGACUUUCAAAGGCUGGCCCCCCCUCGCCUGGCUGGUGGUCGACGGGAAGCAUCUGACCAAGCCCCCCAAGGACUGGCACCCGUUGGCCCAGGACAUGGGGGCCGAGACUGCUUACAUCGAGUAUAAAACCAGCAAAGAAGGCAGCACGGUGGGGGUCACAGUGUCCCAUGCGUCCCUGCUGGCACAGUGCCGGGCUCUGACCCAGGCGUGCGGCUACUCAGAAGCUGAAACAUUAACAAACGUGCUGGAUUUCAAAAGGGAUGCUGGUCUGUGGCAUGGCGUGUUAACAAGUGUCAUGAACAGGAUGCACGUGAUCAGCAUCCCAUAUGCGCUGAUGAAGGUGAACCCACUCUCCUGGAUUCAGAAAGUGUGUUCAUAUAAAGCCCGUGCUGCGCUGGUGAAGUCCCGAGACAUGCACUGGUCUCUCCUAGCUCAGCGAGGUCAGAGGGACGUGAGCCUCAGCUCGCUGCGCAUGCUGAUUGUGGCCGACGGAGCUAACCCAUGGUCCAUAUCCUCCUGUGAUGCAUUCCUCAACGUCUUCCAGUCCAGAGGUCUGAGGCCGGAGGUCAUCUGUCCUUGUGCCAGUUCUCCUGAGGCCCUAACGGUUGCCAUCCGCAGGCCACCUGACCUGGGAGGACCUCCUCCGAGAAAAGCUGUGCUAUCCAUGAAUGGUCUCAGUUACGGUGUGAUCAGAGUUGAUACUGAAGAAAAGUUGUCAGUCCUCACUGUUCAGGAUGUUGGUCAGGUGAUGCCUGGAGCUAAUGUAUGUGUUGUGAAGGUAGAAGGUACCCCUUAUCUUUGUAAAACUGAUGAAGUUGGAGAAAUAUGUGUGAAUUCCAGUGCAACUGGUGCAGGAUACUAUGGACUGCUUGGAAUCACGAAGAACAUCUUUGAGACCAUCCCAGUUACUGCAGGAGGAGUGCCUGUCUCUGAUGGGCCUUUCACCAGGACGGGGCUACUGGGCUUCGUUGGGCCUGAUAACCUGGUCUUUGUUGUGGGCAAGCUGGACGGGCUGAUGGUAGUCGGAGUUCGCAGACACAACGCGGAUGACAUCGUGGCCACUGCCCUAGCCGUGGAGCCCAUGAAGUUUGUCUACAGAGGCAGGAUCGCUGUGUUCUCUGUGACAGUGCUGCAUGAUGACAGGAUCGUCCUAGUGGCAGAGCAGCGGCCUGAUGCCUCCGAGGAGGACAGCUUCCAGUGGAUGAGCCGCGUGCUGCAGGCAAUCGACAGCAUCCACCAGGUGGGCGUGUACUGUCUGGCCCUGGUUCCUGCCAACACCUUGCCCAAGGCUCCUCUCGGAGGGAUCCACAUUUCUGAAACCAAGCAGCGCUUUCUGGAGGGGAUGCUGCACCCGUGUAAUGUGCUAAUGUGCCCUCACACUUGUGUUACCAACCUUCCCAAACCUCGCCAGAAACAACCAGAGGUUGGACCAGCCUCCAUGAUUGUUGGCAAUCUGGUUGCUGGGAAGAGAAUUGCACAGGCCUCGGGGAGGGAGCUGGCUCACCUGGAGGACAGCGACCAGGCAAGGAAGUUCCUGUUCCUGCCAGACGUGCUGCAGUGGCGGGCCCACACCACUCCUGACCACCCACUGUUUCUGCUGCUGAACGCCAAGGGCACAGUCACGAGCACAGCAACCUGCAUCCAGCUGCACAAAAAGGCGGAGAGGGUGGCCGCUGCCCUGAUGGAGAAGGCGAGAGUGAGUGCUGGGGACCAUGUGGCUUUGGUCUAUCCCCCAGGGGUCGACCUCAUUGCUGCCUUCUACGGCUGCCUGUACUGUGGCUGUGUGCCUGUCACCGUGCGGCCCCCGCACCCCCAGAACCUCGCCACCACGCUUCCCACUGUCAAGAUGAUCGUGGAGGUGAGCAAGUCUGCAUGUGUCCUCACCACGCAGGCCAUUAUGCGACUGCUGAAAUCCAAGGAAGCAGCUGCCGCUGUGGACGUCAGAACCUGGCCGACCAUUCUAGACACAGAUGACAUACCAAAAAAGAAGGUGGCUAGCAUUUUCAGGCCCCCCUCCCCAGACGUGCUUGCGUAUUUGGACUUCAGCGUGUCGACUACUGGAAUAUUAGCGGGUGUGAAGAUGUCACAUGCAGCCACAAGUGCCCUGUGCCGGUCCAUAAAGCUGCAGUGUGAGCUGUACCCCUCAAGGCAGAUUGCCAUCUGCCUUGACCCUUACUGUGGCCUCGGCUUUGCCCUGUGGUGUCUGUGCAGUGUCUACUCUGGACACCAGUCUGUGCUGGUGCCCCCGCUGGAGCUGGAGAGCAACGUGUCCCUGUGGCUUUCGGCCGUCAGCCAGUACAAGGCCCGUGUCACCUUCUGCUCCUACUCGGUGAUGGAGAUGUGCACCAAGGGCCUUGGUGCACAGACCGGCGUGCUCAGGAUGAAGGGGGUGAACCUGUCGUGCGUGCGCACAUGCAUGGUGGUGGCUGAGGAGAGGCCCAGGAUCGCGCUGACGCAGUCCUUCUCCAAGCUGUUCAAGGACCUGGGCCUGCCGGCGCGUGCCGUGAGCACCACAUUUGGGUGCAGGGUCAACGUGGCCAUCUGCCUCCAGGGCACUGCCGGCCCAGACCCCACGACCGUCUACGUGGACAUGAGAGCGCUGCGCCAUGACAGGGUACGUUUGGUAGAACGGGGUUCUCCACACAGUCUGCCGUUGACGGAGUCUGGAAAGAUCCUCCCUGGGGUGAAGGUCAUCAUUGCACACACCGAGACCAAAGGGCCGCUUGGAGACUCACACCUGGGAGAGAUCUGGGUGAGCAGCCCCCACAAUGCAACUGGGUACUACACAGUCUACGGGGAGGAGUCACUUCACGCUGACCACUUCAGUGCCCGGCUGAGUUUUGGAGACACUCAGACCAUUUGGGCAAGGACUGGCUACCUCGGCUUCCUUCGAAGAACAGAGCUCACUGAUGCCAGUGGAGAGCGACAUGACGCACUGUAUGUUGUUGGGUCUCUGGAUGAAACACUCGAACUGAGGGGCAUGCGGUACCAUCCCAUUGACAUCGAGACAUCCGUAAUACGAGCACACAGGAGCAUCGCAGAGUGUGCUGUGUUCACCUGGACCAACCUGCUGGUGGUGGUGGUGGAGUUGGACGGGCUGGAGCAAGAUGCACUGGAUCUGGUGGCCCUGGUGACAAAUGUGGUGCUGGAGGAGCAUCACCUGGUCGUGGGUGUGGUGGUCAUCGUGGACCCAGGUGUGAUCCCCAUCAACUCUCGGGGCGAGAAGCAGCGCAUGCACCUGCGUGACGGCUUUCUGGCCGACCAGCUGGACCCAAUCUAUGUUGCCUACAACAUGUGAGCACAGCUCGCUAACCCCCAGGUUCCUGAGACAGGCGUGAUCCAGGUUUCCCCAGCAUUGGAACCAGUUGAAGGUGCUGGAAUAUGUGAAAACACUGCAGUGUCUGCACCACUGGGAGAAAGGAUUCCAGUCUUCAUGGAACACCGUGCCCCUUCCUCUGCUUUUCCAGAUCCAUCUCAAGGUUCCCCAAAUCUCAUUUUAGAACCACUUCUUGAAUUAUUUGAAGAAAAUUUUUAAUCUUCAAGGACAUUUAUAAAAAUACAAAUGUCAGUGUUUUACAGGCAGCGUAACUGGGAAAGGGAAGGCCUGGUGUGGGCAUCGCAAGGAAUUGCAAGUGCAUGGUUGCUCUCUGCAAGUUGUGAGUUUGCACUUUCUUGGCUAAAAAUAUAGUUCUUAAUUUUAAAAAUUCAAUUAUUUAUUCCCACUUCAAAUGACAAGUUCAUAUAUAGAAUUUAUGCUAGAAAGAACUUGAGGCCUCUAAGAAAGUUGCUUCACAGGGAAGAGCAGAGCCUAGAAAAGCUGGUGGAAAGGGAGCGAGUCCCAGCCUGCCGUUCCUGCUCAAACCCCAGACCAGGCACAGCCUCACUUCCUUUAUUGAAACAGGUAUGCCCCAUUGUCUGCAUAUGUUGUCACUAAUACUCAGUAAGUGCCAUUUGGGGCUGUCAAGUUAGAUGCUCUGUUUUGGAAAGAUAAACCAGCAUUUAGUUUUAAACCACUUUCGUAGGUUUGUAACUUCAUGCUGUUUAGUUGAAGUGCUUGUUUUUAUAACAGUACAAUGUAAAUUCUCAAUACAUGGAAGUGUACUGAAUUAUUUUUAUUACAAGUUAGCAGAUUUAGAAGCAUUAGUGGCAGCAUGUGAGGUUUCACGUCCUCAGUGCUCUUUGCUGAGCACCUGCAGUGCAGUCAAGGAGCCGUAGGGAGAGCCUUUCCCCAGGAGAGCUUUCACAUUUUGAGUUGCGUGCUUAUAAAAUUUGGCCAAACCAUAUUCAGUUGUUUUAUUCAAACUUGACUAAACUGAGUGAUCUAAUAUUAUAGUAAACCUAAAUCAAAGAAGAGAAUGUAAAAUCCUUUAGAUACUUCUAAGAAUUUGAAGUGAAGCUCAAAUCUAAGAUAUAGAUUAUUUUUAUAUAGCUAAUAAAGAGUGUGUUAUGAAGUUGUUGGGUUUUGGGGGGACUGAAGGUGGAAAGUUUAUGAAUCAUGCAUGCUUCAUAGAAAUAACCAGGUUUUUCUAGAACUAGCCUGGAAAUUAGCCUGGACCAGUGCCUAAGAAAGCUGUUAAUUCUCUACCAAAUGGGUCUGGCUAACUGGGCCGACUCAGAUCUUACUCUUACUUGGCUACAAGUAACACAUGCAUAGUAGCUCUAUUUGCCUGUGGUGAUGGACUGAGGUGUAGUAUAUUCCAACAUACUGGAAUUCUAAUAAUCCUAUUGUAAUUAUGUAUAUAAUCUGUGUAACUUAUUGUUUGACAUACAGAGGUUCUAGCAGUGGACUAAUGGACAUUCCUUAUAAUAGAAUGGCCAGGAGGAGAAAGAACUACCUAACCCUAAUCUUAAUACUGUAGUUUUAUAGCAAACAAAUAUUGUAAAAUCUUUGUAUUGAAAGGUCAGUGGCAGUAAGGCAAGGUGUCUUGUAAAUUAAGAUUUUAAGAAGUGCAUUAAAAUGUUUUAAAAUUACUCUUUGGGAAUUGUGUAUAUCACACUAAAAUUUUUUUAUAUCAUUAUGUUAAUAAAAGUUAUUGACUUUGUAA